GUAAUUUUUGAAGCCCUGGCACUCUAUUUAUAGGGGGAUUGCGCCCUUAAGAAAACUGUUCCAGAAAUGCUGCCUGUGCUUAUAGCAGAGGGAGGGAGAGAUCGUGACUGACAUCAGCGUGGUGACGGAGCCUGGGUGAAUUCAGCUGUUGCCCAUUCGCACUUCGCCCCCCGCCCCAGGCUCGUCUGGAUGCAAACACGUUGUGAUCCCUCCUCUCAAGGGAGAUGGAAGGAGCCCCGCACGAAACCGGAAAGCAGGCGGCCGUGCGGACUGCUUCGGCCUCUCCCCUCCCUCUCUAGGGCUGUGCAAUAGGGCGCUGGAGCAGAGGCUUGUGAUACCAUGGUUAUUUGCGGCUGAGCUGAGAAUCUGAAUCAAGAUCUUCCCAGUCUCUAUCCUGCAGGCAAGCUCCAUUUAAAAUUGCAGAGACUACCAUGACGUCACACAAAUCGGUUAUUAAGUGUGGAAAAUUCGCAGUCCUGGUAGAUUUCCACGUUAUGCCGCAAGACUCCAAUGAAUCCCCAGUGUGGUUUUCUGAUCGUAAGAGAAAGGAAGUCUGCAUGCUGCUAAAAGAUGCCGUCGAUUCAAGAGUGAAACAGUAUCUGAUCGCUCGUAAACGACAUGGCCAGUGGAAGGAAAUGGAAUAUGCAGAAGCAAAUCCUUUGUCUCUGAAAGCCAGUGACUUUCACGUUACAGCCUACUUUGUCAGAAGAGGGGUCAAUCUGCGAUGUAUUGGGGGACAGCAAAACAGUGAGUUGCGUGUGUUUCCGGAACGGUUUGUAAUUUGUGUCACAAGACUUGAGUCCAGUCCAUCUCCUCGGGUCAGUGAAAGUGUGGCACCGAAAGUGAACCAAUCUGCUGGGACAUCUGAAUAUUUUGGAGAAUCACUUGAAAAUGAGAACUGCAAGUCUUCGCUAACUCAGCAGAAAAAACAAGACAUCCUGAAAAAGAUAGUGAAGAGGACGAAAACAGCGAAAGCGAAUGAGAGCAAACCUCAGCCCAGCAAGGACACCAUGAAAGUAUAUCUUGGCUCGCUUGCUCAGACAGGGAGUGGGGAGCAUGGAUUUCAAGCUCCUUCCGAUGCUCAGUCUGAAGCGAAACGUAGGCGUGCAGCACAACCAAAGGAUUGCAUAAAUACAGCUGAGAGCAGCUUGGGGCUUCCUGUUUCGGAGCGGGACAAUGAUGUGAAUUGGAGACAGCCGAGCAGCGCUAGCAGCCAGCAAAAACUUCAUUUUGCGGAGUGGUUGACAAGACUUCUAUGCAGGAACCCUCGGUGGUGCUGUGAGUCAGCACUGCCACAUCCAAACCAAAGUCAAAGGGUGACUGAAACAGCAUAAAUGCUGUUCUGAGCAUGCAGGAGCAGGAGGCACAAGGGUGUCUACGAGGCAGGAUCGUUCGGUUCCCAGACACGCAGCCGUGCGGGUUGUUCAGGGCCAUCUUUUGGAGAGGUCCUCACCAAAUCCCACAUUGUUUUCUAAAUGGGGCUUGGCAGGAUCCAUGUCUGAUGAAGAGUUGCUUACUUGAACAAAAACCUUCCCCUGAGACUUUUUUUUUUAUGAGAAAUACUACAGCCGCCAUGCAGACAAACCCCAACAAACCACAGUCACCAAAGAAUAACCCUGAAUGCUUUCUCUCCCUAUAUGCCAAGCCUGCAGAGAGGG